AUGGUCCAGCCGCUCUUUCCCGCGUUCCCUCAAGACGAUGAUAAACCCGCGCAGCGUCUCAGCGAGCACCAAAUCGAGGCUGAAUCCUCACUUAAACCCGGCGAUAAAACCGAUGAGGCGCUAAGCGUUCAUCGCGGGGCAAUUCGUGUACCUUCUCCGAAUCCAUCGCUUAUAUCAAUAGACGAUGCGAAUGUUGUACGACUUGGUCGGAAUCCAGACUAUGCUCCUAUAUACCAUGAAGAAUAUGCUUUACGCUCAUCCGCCCCUCCGCGGACUCUCAAAGAGAAGAUCGACUCUUUUUGGACGACGAACAAGGGUUUAGCGUACGUCUUGCUCGCUCAGUUCUUCGGAAACUUGAUGAACGUUACCACGAGGAUAUUGGAGAUGGAAGGAAAUAGCGAUUCUUUGAUGUACCUGCCUCUGGCCGAUGCCACCGUCAUCACAUUCCUCUCCCCAUCGCUCGCUUGCUGGGCAUGCUCCUACUUCAUCAACGAACCGUUCACCAGGAUGGAGCAGAUAGCUGCGUACAUCUCGCUAUUCGGCGUCGUCUUGAUCGCAAGACCCGUCUCGUUAUUCUCGGCACUAUCGCAUUCCAGCGACCCGGUCCCUCCUGCCUCCGGGGGCUUGGACGCCAUUCCGUCAAACGUCACUGCGACUUCGCCGGAUCGUCUCGCUGCGGACUACGAUGAUGUGACACCCACACAACGAGCAGCAGCCGUAGGGGUAGCGAUGUUGGGUGUAAUAGGAUCAACAGGAGCAUAUACCACGAUUCGAUGGAUCGGCAAGCGCGCACAUCCACUCAUAUCCGUCACUUACUUCGCAACUUGGUGCACGAUUGUUAGUGUAGUGGCAAUGGCCGUCAUGCCAGGCGUCGGCUUUCUACUCCCCAAAGGUGUGAAAGAUUGGUCUUAUCUGCUCUUUCUGGGUAUCUGUGGAUUCGUCAUGCAAUUCCUUCUAGCCGCGGGUCUCCAAUACGAGAAAUCCUCCCGUGCAACGAAUAUGCUCUACAUGCAGAUGUUCUUCGCACUUGGGUUCGACAAAUUGAUCUGGGGCACUACGCCGAGUGCUUUGUCCAUUGUUGGGUCGUCGCUUAUCCUGGGUUCGGCUAUAUACGUCGCAAUGAACAAGGAGGAGCCGAAGAAGAACGUUGAACCAGUAGGUCGAGGAGACAGCGAGGAAGAAAGAGGGUUGAUGUCGCCAGUCUUUGAUACCGAACGAAGAGACGAUGAUGACGCCGAUAUCCAGAUGCGACCACUGAGAUGA